AUGGAUUCCACGGUUAUUGAUGGCGGUGGCGAAGGAGUGAGUUUAGUAGAAAGAGAACGGUCUCAUGUGGUGGAAUUAGCGGCGUCGACCGAAGGUUCCGAUCCAGUUUCGGAGGACCAGAUAACUCCUCUUUUGACGCAAUCAGACAAACCCAAACUCAGUAUAUUUACCGUCUCUUUUUUUGGGGUGCUCUUUAUACUCGGAUCACCUAUCAGCAUACAAGAAGUUUCAGGAGAAGGUGGAGGUGUCCAUGGAGUAGGCCAUGUUUUUGCAGUUUUGAUUGGUUCAUUAUCAUCAUUGGCUGGUGGAAUAACUUACUGCCUUAUCAGGGCUGCAGCAAAAGCCUCUGACCAACCUAUGGGUACUGUAUUUGCAUUUGGCCUUCUCUCUAGUCCUGUUGCAGCAAUAUGCAUGAUUACCACCCAAGAGUUUGUGCUUCCUAGCUUCUAUUCUUUCAUUCUUAUGAUUGUUCUCAGCAUAUUGGCCUUUUUUGCUGAGUUAUUUCUGGCACGUGGGCUUCAACUUGAGAAAACCAGCAAAGUUGCAAAUAUUCAAUACCUUGAGGUGGCUUUUUUUGAGUUAUGGGGAAUGGGAUCUUCACGGGUGAUUGUGUCAUUUGGUAAAUUUGUUGGAUGCUUUCUUGUAUUUGUUUCAGCUUUUUGUACCAUUUAUUUUGGACCAGAGAAAGAGAUAGAGAUGGAGUGACGUCAGCAUGUCUUACAAAGGUUAGCCAUGCCAUGUCACCACCCAUUUUUGGUUUUGUAAACAUUUUUUUUUUCUGAAAGAAACAAUAUACCAACCAUAAUCAGAUAUAU